UAUUAGUGCAAACUUGGAUAAUUUGUGUGAAAAAAAAGUUUUAACUAAAUGUUUAAAAUUGUUUUGGAAUUCUACUAACUAUUUAAGUGGAUAGAAAUUCCAAAAUUGAAAGACUUGAACUUGGAAGCUAAAAACAAUGACAAUAAAUGAAUUUGCCAUGCACAGGCCCUUCUUCAAUGGAUUUGCCACCUUGCAAGAUACGGGGCAAGGCCGCGUCAACCAAUUGGGUGGUCUCUUCAUAAAUGGGCGGCCGCUGCCCAACAACGUGCGUUUAAAGAUCGUGGAAAUGGCCGCUGAGGGUAUACGACCAUGCGUAAUUUCCCGACAGUUACGUGUUUCGCACGGAUGUGUUUCGAAAAUUCUAAAUCGCUACCAGGAGACCGGUUCGAUACGUCCGGGUGUUAUCGGUGGUUCUAAGCCGCGCAUCGCGACACCAGAAAUAGAGAAUCGCAUUGAAGAGUAUAAACGCCAAAAUCCCAGUAUUUUCUCCUGGGAAAUACGAGAUAAAUUGAUACGUGAUGGCAUAUGUGAUCGCACUACAGCACCUUCUGUUUCGGCUAUUUCUCGUUUGGUACGUGGACGCGAUGCAAAUGCCGAUGAUGAGGAGCAAAAGACUUGCUCCGGUUCGGAGCAUUCACAAAAAUUGUCCGGGGAGGAUGUUUCUGAUUGCGAGAGUGAACCGGGUAUCGCUUUGAAGCGCAAGCAGCGUCGUAGUCGCACUACCUUCACCGCCAUGCAACUGGAGGAAUUGGAACGCGCUUUUGAGCGUACACAAUACCCAGACAUUUAUACGCGUGAGGAGUUGGCACAACGCACCAAUCUUUCCGAAGCACGCAUACAGGUGUGGUUCAGCAAUAGGCGUGCACGUUUACGAAAACAAAAUACUUCUGGCCCAUCAACGGGGGGCGACAGUGCUAAUGGCAUGGCCGGUGGCUAUGGGUCUAAUCAACUUCCAUCCGUUGGUGCCGCAGGCAUGAUGCCGACAGUAUCUUCAGAGGCCACUGCAAUGGCUGCUGCGUAUCAGCAACAGAUGUAUGACUUCUAUGUCGGACAUUCCACAGCGCCUGCUUCAGGUACUGGUUCGAUAACGCCACCACAGCAAUUGUACAAUUCUACCUCUAGUUAUAGCUUGCCACAGCAUAACUUGCUAAGUGCCGGUCCAACUUUGUCAUCAGCGAGCAUAACUCAACACAGCAGUGAUAUUGGAGUACCAAUACAUUCGCAAUACCAAUCAAACUCACCGUUGAUGCGCCCAAAUCACUGCAACAACAACACCAUGAAUUCAUGCCAAAGCAAUAACGAUCAGAAUCCGACUUACACAGCAGAAACGGCGGCGAACUCUAAUCAGGUGAUGCCACGCAAAGAGAGUCCAAAUGCAUCUACAUUCGGCGUCAACGGUAAUACGAAUAGCAUACAAAUACCUCCUACACCCAAUAACAUAACGACCACCAUUGGCACUGAGCAGCAUAAUGUUAGCGCUGAUAAUAUGGGCAAUCCCUCCAAGGAAUUGCAAAAUAAAAUGCAGACGGAAACACAGCAAAUGCAGCAUCUUUAUGCCAGCUGGAAUGCAUCAAUCGCACAACAAACAUCUUCGAAUGAUAACAUUGGCGCAACACGUUCCACAGCAUCACACUCGCCCGAAGAUUCGUUGAACUCGAGCACCUCACAAGCGCCCGAAUUGGCAGCACAUGUAUUCCACCUUCAUCAAGAUUUUACUCCAGCUCAUUCUCAAUACACAUCACCUUCCUUUCACAUGCAUCCACAUGCGCACCAUCAAGCUGCGCCAUAUGCCACAUCGCAUUUAGGUUUUCAUCACAACUCGACGGUCGGCAAUAUGGGCUCCGCGACAGGUGGCAGCUCAUCCCACUUUAUGCAGCAGAAUUUCGGGAGCACAGGAUUUAGCUCGUCGCCAAAAAUGAACUACCCCACGGUGCCACAGCCAUUCUAUCAUUCCUGGUACUAAGUAAGAAUAAAGUAACCAUUUCUCGUUGUAUGCCACAUUGCCUUUAUUUAUUGUAUAGAUAUGUUAAUGGCGGCCGCCGUAGCCGAAUGCAUUGUUACAUGACUACCAUUCGGAAUUCGGAGAAUGUUGGUUCGAAUCUCCGUGAAACACCAAAUGAAGAAAAAGGUUUUUCUAAUAGCGGUCGCCCCUCGGUAGGCAAUGGCAAACCUCCGAGUGUAUUUCUGCCAUGAACAAGUUGCUGAUCGC